UCUCCCUCAAUUUCUCCUGACCUCCUCCCGGUUUCUGCAGUGGUGGAACAACUUAGUGCCCCAGAUAUUUUAAAACAUAUCGCAUUACAUAUCGGUGCAAACAUCUAAAUAUAUCCCGCAUGAGGGAUGGCAUCUUUUUUCGGGAAGAUCUUGGUCGGCAUUUACGUGGAAAUCAAAAGAAGCGAUGGGCGAAUACACCAGGCCAUGGUGACAUCUCUCAACGAGGACAAUGAGAGUGUCACGGUGGAAUGGAUCGAAAAUGGUGACACCAAAGGGAAAGAGAUUGACCUGGAGAGCAUCUUCUCUCUGAACGGAGACUUGGCCCCAGAGGAGGAGAUCCCUCCAAGUCCAGAGACCCCGCCCCCUCCCAUCACCAGCGGCAUCAAACCCCCCAACCGGAUACCCAAGCCACGCCAGACAAUAGCACCAAGGAAAACGGAAGCCCCAACGCGAGACAACAGGGCGAUCACAGUGGGAACAACUCGUGCUCGGCCCAGUCAGCAGCAGCAGGCAGAGCCCCCGCCCUCGGCCCCCGCGCUCCCCCCAAUACAGACCCAGACCCUCCAGCAACAGCAGAACGCCCGUAGAAAGUCUAGCUGUGUGAAGGAGGUUGAGAAACUUCAGGAGAAAAGAGAGAAGAGACGCCUACAGCAGCAGGAGUUACGAGAGAAGCGUGCACAGGAGGUGGAUACAGCAACUCCUAACUAUGAGAUCAUGGUCAUGAUCAGAGACUUCAGGGCCAGCCUGGAUUACAGACCACUUACUACGGCUGACCUGAUUGAGGAGGAGCAUCGGAUAUGUGUCUGUGUCAGGGCUCGGCCCCUCAACAAGAAAGAGCUGUCGGUGAAGGAUCUAGAUGUGAUCACCAUCCCCAGUAAAGAUGUGGUGUUAGUGCAUGAGCCCAAGCAGAAGGUGGACCUGACGCGUUACCUUGACAACCAAACCUUCCGUUUUGACUACGCCUUCGAUGACUCGGCCACCAAUGAGAUGGUCUACAGGUUCACUGCGAGGCCACUGGUGGAGACCAUCUUUGAGCGAGGCAUGGCCACGUGUUUCGCUUACGGACAGACGGGCAGCGGCAAGACACAUACUAUGGGCGGAGACUUCUCUGGGAAGAACCAGGACUGCUCCAAAGGCAUCUAUGCCCUGGCAGCCCGUGACGUCUUCCUCAUGCUGAAGAAGCCCAACUAUAAGAAACUGGAGCUUCAGGUCUACGCCACCUUCUUUGAGAUCUACAGCGGGAAGGUGUUUGACCUGUUGAAUCGUAAAGCUAAGCUGCGCGUGUUGGAGGACGGCAAGCAGCAGGUGCAGGUGGUGGGACUGCAGGAGAGAGACGUGCGCUGCACUGAAGACGUACUCAAGCUCAUAGAGAUGGGAAACAGCUGCAGGACCUCGGGCCAGACGUCUGCCAAUGCGCACUCUUCGCGUAGCCACGCGGUGUUCCAGAUCAUUCUGCGGCGGCGCGGCAAGAUGCACGGCAAGUUCUCACUCAUCGACUUGGCGGGAAACGAGCGCGGCGCCGACACCUCGUCAGCCGACCGCCAGACCCGCCUGGAGGGGGCCGAGAUCAACAAGAGCCUCCUCGCACUGAAGGAGUGUAUCCGUGCGCUGGGCCGCAACAAGCCUCACACUCCGUUCCGCGCCAGCAAGCUCACGCAGGUCCUCCGAGACUCCUUCAUCGGGGAGAACUCACGCACAUGCAUGAUUGCAACGAUUUCUCCUGGCAUGGCGUCAUGUGAAAACACACUGAAUACACUGCGAUACGCCAACAGGGUGAAGGAGUUUGGCAUCAGUCCAUCUGAUAUCCCCUUCGUGCAGACAGGGGGCAGCAGAGCAGAGGUCUCACCCACCUACGAAGAAGAAGACUUCACUCCCAUACCCAACAGGAUGAUGAAGGACAUGGCGGGAGACCCUGGUAUGGUGGUCCUGGAUGGUCACGUGGGCCCGUCCCUAGAGCAGCUGGAGGUGCUGGAGGCCCAGUGGGCCAUGGGCAGCUCCCCGCAGAGAGACGACCUCAAACUGCUGUGCCAACAGAACGAGGAGGAGGUAUCUCCGCAGCUCUACUCGUUCCAUGAGUGUGUGUCUCAGCUGGUGGAGAUGGAGGAACAGGUGCUGGAGGACCACAGGGCCGUCUUUCAGGAGUCUAUCCGCUGGCUGGAGGACGAGAAGGUUCUGCUGGAGAUGACGGAGGAGGUGGACUAUGAUGUGGACACCUACGCUACACAGCUGGAGCAGAUCUUGGACCAGAAGAUUGACAUUCUCACAGAACUAAGAGAUAAAGUGAAGUCGUUCCGUUCUGCACUCCAGGAGGAGGAGCAGGCUAGUAAACAGAUCAACCCUAAAAGGCCACGCCCUCUUUAAGAACCCCUUUAAAGACCACACCCACUGCACAGAAAGCCUUCCUGACUGCUGACAACCCUCUAAAGACCAGACAAGAAGGUUCCUACCUGCUGAGGAGCCGUUGAAGACCAGACCGCACGAAAGGUUCCAGAACUGCUCCCCCACCUUUCUACCCCACAUGAAAGCUCGCUAGCCUCAAACUUGACAAAAACUUUUGUUGUAAAAAAAAAGAGUUCUAAAAAAAGAAAGAAAAUUGAAAAGAUUUGCCAGCAUUCUCACCUGCUGGUAAUUUCCUGAAGAUGAUGUGAUGAUGACCACUGUUCAAGAAAAAAAGGGAAAGAUGCAUAUCUAAAGCACACACACACAGUACUGUAAGUGUGAAUGGCUCUUUUGUAAAUGAACAAAUUAAUAGAUAACCGAAGAUCAUCGUCCCUUGCAAAGGAGGUGGACUGAAAUCCUCUGUUGUCUUAGUGGUUGAUGGCCUUCUACAGUACGAGUUUGAAUAUGAGCUGAAUAUGUUUGUUUGUUUGAUGAUGAGGCCACUUUAUGAGUAAUGCAUGCACAAACCUAUCCACCGUACUGAAGCAUCUCCAUUUAUCCUGUGUGUAAAUAUCGUCUCAUGUCUCGCUAACCAACAUGGUGUCAGGAUCAGACCUACAGCAGAAUCCUCCUCUCUCACUAACCCUUUAUCCAAGACAUCAGCUGGAAUUCAUAGCUGCUCUUUGACUUCUUAGAGGACUGAUGAGAGGAGCAACAUUUAAGGUCCUUCACAUAUCUUCAAAAAAAUAGUGUGGCCAGUCAACAAUUAGCCUGGCAAGUCAGACGGUAACAUGAAAUGUGUAGUCUGGAAUGGCACCAUUGUAAAAGCAGUGGAAUGAACGAUGGGAAUUCAAACCAGUUCAAACUGUUUAACUAGCCCAACACAUUGCCACUGGAGAUGAUGGACAGACUCUGGGUCCUUUUCAAAAUGCUGACUCCCGACCUCGGCCUGGGCUUGUGGCCUCGCGUUGGGCUGACGCUCCGUCUCCAUGGCGAAAACAAUAACAUUCCCCUGCUGUCAGCCUAGCCUUAAGAACCUCUGGGAGACCUUUCCCCAUUCAACAUCCCGUUUGCAAAAUGAGAAAAUUAUCUUUGAAUUGCGCUUUUGUGAGAUUUUGAAUUAAACUCGUCAGUGACGUCAUCACGAGGCUGCAAGGAAGGAUGGGAGUUAGGCUAUUAGAAAGAACCCUCUGUGUGACUGGCUCCUAUGAAUCCAGUUGGCACGUCUGGUCCGCCCACCCACAAUGAGAGGACAGUAGGCGAAUGGAAACAGCAAGCCUCAAAUGAAUUGCAGUGAAUGGCAGCUGUUGGCAGAACGACAUCAACAGUCAUUUAGCAUAGUUAAAAUGCAUUCAGAAAUUAGACAAAGGUGAUAUUCAUUUCAUUUCAGAUGCGCCGACUGGAUCUAUGGUGCGAUGCUAAACCACCCUGCCAAGCAAAAAAAAAAAAUGCAGCUAGGAGGGUUUAUCUAGUUUACUAGGCUAAUCAUGGCACAAUAUCAAAAACAUACAGGUCCACCCAUCCCAUUUGGAACUGAAUACCUUUCUUAUCCAGGUUUGCCAGAUGAGGCUGAUUUCCAGCCCAAAAAAAAAACUCAAAACCUGUCUGGAAGCACUAAAUCCUGCCCAAUUGUAUUGAUUUCUAUGGCUAAAAAUUGGGCAUAUUUUUCUCCAAAAUCCAUUUUUUUCCGCACACGGCCAUCCUAAGCAGCCCAGAAUCUGGCAACACUGUUCUUAUCCCCUUUUCUGUUUUUAAGCAUAUCCAGGCCAUACAAGAUUAGAGACUGACAGGAGAUGAUUUGAGUCCUGUAAGAAAGCUGCAUGAGAGCGCAUACAGUACACUCUGAAACAGUUAUAUACAAUACAGUAAUAUAUAUUACAAAUGCAUAUUCAUGUACACAUGUUGAUAGUCUUUUUUAUUUUUGUAAAAAGGAGGAAUCUGUUGAGGAGUCGAAUCCCGCCGAGUAACCGAAUGUGUCAUUUCUGUUUAUGUUGUUCAUAUCAUUUUUGUUACGAGCUGUGUCAAGUCUUUCAGUUCUCCUCGCCAAUCUUGUUGACGUGUAAAUCAAUGUUUCUUUUUGACCGGAGUAUUUACUGUCAUCAUCGCUAAUGUACAGAGUCCGUCCCAUUUAAAAGAAGAGUUUUUAAACCUGAGAAGAAGAAGAUGGUGUUUUGAUGGAUGUUACAUGGUGGUAUGGUGUGGUAUGUUUAUGGUAGUGUUGCAUUGCUGCUCUGGUACUGUGCAACACACAAUGUGACUUAACAAUUAAAAACCCUGAUGAACUGGA